UCACUACCCAACUUUAUCAGUUAUCAGCUCAAGGUCAAUCAUGUGCCAUCUGCACCCUGUUCCCCUCAAGCUCCGGGAUAUUUGGAAGCAAAUCCUAGAUGUUACAUCAAUUCAUCCGUAAAGCUUUAGUAUAUUUCUCCAGAAGACAUAAGAAAAAAAAACAAAAAACACUACCACAAUACCAUUAUUACUCCUAAAAAUUCUAACAAGAAUUCCUUAAUUUAAUCAAAUAUCCAUUGUUCAAAUUUCCCCAAUUGUCUCAUUUUUCCCCCAUUUAGUUGGUUAAAAUUAGGCUCCAAACAAGGUUUAUGCAUUGCAUUUAUUUACUCUGUCUCUAAAGACGCCCUUUCUAUUUUCAUAUACUUUAUUUGUUGAGGAAACCAGGUUGCUUGGAGGCAUGAGCAUUUGGGAAUAUGGCAGAGAGCCGAGUAUCGCAGCAGGGAGAGCAGGAUAGGGAAGGAUGGGGUGGGUAGGUAAUGGCCAGGCAGUGGGGACAUCCAUCUGUGGGAAGGAGGAAGGAUGUAGGGGCCCAUCCCAGGCAGGGAGGAAAGUCAGAGCUGCGGAGGGUGGCCCAUCCCAGGGACCCCUGAGGCCCCGCAGCCACUGGGGCAGAAGGGAGGUAGAAGGAUGGCCUGAGCCGAGGAGCAGGGGCAGAGCUUAGGUUGCCAAGAGGUCGGGCUGCCCGUCAGGCUGGAGGUGAAGUGAUGGGCGGGGCCUGAGGUCAGGCCUGGAAGGAACAGGAUGUCUGUGCUGCGCAGGUAGGGAGAGGACAGUGCCAAAACCCAGCUCCUGGCCCAUCCCACCUCCUCCCCACCUGGCCCCAUCCCAGGAGGCCCUCCCUGGCCUCCCAGUUGCAAAUCCACCCUUGGGCCCGGAUACCAGAUCCUUUCACAAUGCUGGUGGUCCAUGGCCUGGAUCCCUUGCUCUGCCUUCUCCUCCUCCUCUUUCUCCUGGACCCUCACAGCCCUGAGUGGGGCCACCCGCCUCAGCGAAGGUUUGAGUACAAGCUCAGCUUCAAAGGACCAAGGCGGGCAUUGCCUGGGGCUGGAAUACCCUUCUGGAGCCAUCACGGAGAUGCCAUCCCAGGCCUGGGGGAGGUACAGCUGGCCCCAGCCAUGCGGAACCGGAAUGGCGCCAUGUGGAGCAGGACCCCUGUCCUCCUCUCUGCCUGGGAGGUGGAAAUGCAGAUGAAGGUGACUGGGCCGGGGCGCCAGGGAGCCCAGGGCAUGGCCAUGUGGUACACCCAGGGCAGGGGCCAAGUAGGCUCUGUCCUGAGGGCGCUGGACUGGGACAGCAUUGGGAUCCUCUUCGAUUCCCCGGCUGAGGAUACCCAGAACAGCCCUGCCAUCCGUAUGCUGGCCAGUGAUGGGCACAGCCCCUACGAGGCGCUUGGGGAUGGAGCCAGCCGGGUGCUGGGGUCCUGCCACCAGGACUUCCAGAACCGGCCUUGCCCCUUCAGAGCACGGAUCACCUACUGGGGGCAGAAGCUGCAUGUGAGUCGCCCCUCCUGCUUUUCUCUGCCCCGAUCCCCAGGGGAAAGAAGCUUUGACCUGGAGGAGACACUGCACAGACACAGCCAGAUCCUGCAGGCUCUCCAGGGUCUCUCCAAGUACUUGGCACAGGCUGAGAGGCAAUGGAAGAAGCAGCUGGUGUCCCCAGGCCAGGCCAGGCCAGAGGGAGCCUGGGCCCAGGACUCCCCCUGCCAGGUUCUACCCACCCCUGAGAGAGGUUGCCAACUCUCCAGGCUGGCACUCCUGCAGGACUCAGCUAAGGUCAGUGCCCUACUCCGUGGACAGCGGACUCUGCUCCAAGACCUGCAAGAGAUGAGGGAUGCAGCUGCUCACAUGGCCUCAAGAGCCCAGGUCUUCUAUCUGCCUGUGGGCACCAAGCAUCAUUUCUUAGAGCUGGCCCAGAUCCUGAGCCUUCUGCAGAAGGACCUGCAGGGUCCAGUGAAAGCGGCAGCCAAGGACUCCUGCCCACCUGGUCGGCCCCCAGGGGUUUCCUCGUGCCUGCAGCCCGGCAUCUUCCUGUUCUUCCUCCUCAUCCAGACUGCAGGCUUCUUCUGCUAUGUACACUUCAGGUGGAAGCUGGACAAGAACCUUCAGGACUAUUUGUCCACAGGCAGCCUUCCUUUGAGUCCUGCACCACAAGUCCCUAGGACCCUGGGGGCUCUGAGGAGGCAGCCCCUCUCCCCCAGCAUACAUGGGUGACCUACCUCAACGCCCUGAAGAAAUGUCCACUUCUCAUCACUAGGAAGUCACUCUAUGUCUGGGAGGUGGAGAGCUUGGCCAGUGUCCUCUGCCUCUGGGUACCCAG